AUGACGGGAAGGCAGCCGGCAGCCGUCAUUGACAAUGGAACGGGGUAAGUUUAAUAGCAGUCGAUCCAGACAAGGACGUCAGGAUGCAAAUUUGCUAAGGAUUGGCUUCAACUUGUAUUUUCGAUAUAUCUGUCUCAAUAAUAAUUCACCCAGAGUCUCAGAUUUGCUCUUAAGUGUUAUUGUCUCAGUUCAUGCUAUGAUUUAAGUGUUGCAAACUUUGAUUGGUAGAUCAAAACGUGAGGUUGUGAGGUUAAGCUAAUUUUUGCUACAUUGAGGAAAGCACACGCUUUUACUUGGUUAAUAAUGAUGGUAAUUAUUAUUUUCUUGUAAAAGAAGGUUUUGCUAGAAAAUUCCUCUUUACUUUUAACUGAAAUACAUGUAUUGAUGUCCAUCCUGACAACUUGCCAUCACAAACUGAGAACACCAUUCGUUAAAGUUGUGUUUUUUCUCAUAAAAUUCCAAGCUAUUGCUUGUCACAAAGGCAUGAAUGGCAAGUGCAUGGGUUCUGCAUUGCAGUGCACACAAUAAUGUUAUGCACCCAGAAGGCAAACCCUGCUUCAGCCUUUCAUCUGAUAAGGCAGGUGGUUAUAAAUGACUAUAAACAUUGAGAAUUGAUCAGGAAGGGACGAUAGAUGACAUCAUAAUGCCAGCACAUGACAUCAUUUCUGCGAAAAAAAAAACACGCAAAAAAGAUGUUGUUAAACUGAAUAUUGUAACAUUUGACCUGAUUGGUUUACUUCCCACCAAUCACGUUAUUCCUUAUAUUACAAUGGUAUACCAGAGGAAACGAGGAAACGCUCAAUGAAACGAGGAAACGCUCAAUGUUAACAGUAAAAUAGCUCAAACAAGGCAAAAUGUUGGAAAUUUCACUGUUAGACAGUUGAGUCUACAAGAAAUGUCUGUGCUCUGUUCAAACUCUUUCGUUUUUGCUCCAGAAUGCUGGAAAUGUACCCCCAAGCACCCCUAGCAAUUCGCGCUUUCAGUGGGAGUUUUUUCCUCCUCCACCUACUCCAAAGCUUUUGCCGCCUACUUAAAACCUUAUUGAAAACUGUGAAGAUCUGGGUAGUGCUUCUGAUUAGUUGAAGCAAAUUUCCUUCACAAUACGACCAAUCAGAAGCACUUCCUAGAUCUGGGUAAGGAAACCUCUUUAGUAUAGAAUUUUUGUGCUUUUUCCCCAGAAGCCGUUUUGUGGGAAAAGGAAAAUAAGUGGUGGCACCCUGAAAUGUUAGCUGUUUUCUCAUGCUUAAAUUCCCACAACAGUGAUGCUAUUUGAACUCUCUAUAUAAAAUCCAUAGUAUAACAAAAAAGCUCACUGUUGACACUGAGGAGGAGGAAAUUAAAAAGUAACCAAUUUUUGAAUUUCCUUUUCUUUAUUGCAGGUAUACAAAAAUGGGCUUUGCUGGAAACACUGAGCCGCAGUAUAUUGUGCCAACAGGUUUGAAGUUUAUUGAAGUUUAUUGAUGUUUAUUGAUCUCCAUAGAAGUUACAGAUAAAAUGAAAUUAAAUUAAAACAGACAUGUACACACAAACAUCCCCUGCGCACAAAUAGCUUGGCUCAUUGAGGUGGGCAGAGGAAAACAUUAAGUAAUUUGCUAGGAAGAAAUGGUAAUGGUUCAGUGUGAAGGAAGAAACAGCCUAGAAAGUUUUUUUAGGCUGUAAAUGUUUGAAUAAAAGUGCAACAUUAAAUUUGCAUCAUAUACAUAAUAAAUCAAGGCUAGAUCUGUAUUCUGAAAUACAGUAAUAAUCGUUAGCAUGUAGAGAAUCUUGCAGCACAUUGUCAGUAGUGAGUUUAUGCAACAGGACGGCAGAAUGAAGAGGAUGGCAAAACGCUUUAGUGUGACAACAUGAACGUGACUGGGCUAUUAUUUGUAUCUUUUGUCAGGAAUUCACUUAACAUCAAUGUUUUUUUGCUCCUCUACAAAAAGAUAUUUUUAAAGGAAUGUGAAGUUUGGCAGAAGGGUUUUUCAAACAAAAUUAUUGUCACGCUUAUCACUCAAUGCUUGCUGUCAUCUUUCCUUUGCUGUCCUGUUACAAGUGUAAGAUCACUAACAAUAAAACAAAGGUGCAAUCUCCAUAUCAACAUUUAUUAGCAUUGUUGGGCUGUGGACUGUAAAUCUUUUUUUAUACGUGGCUAGGCUACUGUCUUUUGCCAAAGCCAUUUACAAUAAUAUAGACCAUAAACCCUUCACAUCUUUGAAAAAGGAUUGGUAACCAGGGCUGUCACUAAAGGCCGAUGGCCAGGGAUUUCCACUGGCUAUUAUGAACAUGACUCCUGGAAGAAGAAUAAAAGCUAAAGAACUUUUUAGAUGUUCAAUUUCCUACCGACUUAUUCAUUGUUCUCCCUAAAUUUUAGCUCAGCAUGUCAGGGACCGUUCAUGCCCAGUAAGGCAAAAAAUAUGUGCCAGAGGCUGAGAAAUUUAGGAGCUAAGUUCUCUGAAACAUCAUUCCCUCAUUUUAAGACCUAUUUUACGCAAAUCAACCAUUGUUAUCAUUUGAGACA